AUGGCCGCACCAGGAGACCAGCGCAUAGCUGUGCCAAUCGAUGACCCCAAUGCCGACACAGAAUGGAACGACAUUCUGCGCAAACACGGCGUCAUCCCUGAGAAGCCCCCAAGCCCGACUCCAAUGAUCGAAGAGGCAAUCGUCGAGGCCAGGAAAAUCGCACAUGAGAACCGCCUUGAGGGUAAAGACCUCGACGAGCUGGACGAGCUCGAGGACGAUGAAGAUGACGACUUCCUCGAGCAAUACCGACAGAAGAGGAUGGCCGAGCUUGGCGCCCUGCAGAAGAAGUCCAUUCACGGAAGCGUCUACCCAUUGUCCAAGCCGGAUUACCAAAGAGAGGUCACCGAAGCAUCAAACAACGGCGUCGUCUUCGUCAACCUGACAUCGUCCUCGGGGGGCACCAACGUCGAGUCAAGAGUGCUUUCCGACCUAUGGAAGCAAGCGGCCAAGGAAUACGGCGAUAUCAAGUUUUGCGAGAUGAGAGCGUCACAGGCCAUCGAGAACUACCCAGAGAAGAAUUGCCCCACGAUACUUGUCUACAAGAACGGAGACAUCGUGAAGCAGAUUGUCACACUUACCACUGUUGGGGGAGUGCGCAUGAGCUUGCUAGAUCUUGACAAGAUUCUGGUUGAAGUUGGCGCCCUCCCUAAUAAUGACAUGAGGGUUGUCAAACGAAGGAGGGAAGCCGAAGAUGCUGAAGAGGAGAGGCUCAUGGCCGGCAAGGGGAUCAGAAGCAGCAAGACAACUGCCAGAGACGACGACGACGAAGACGAUUGGGACUGA